AUGAGAUCCCCCAUCCCUUUGGCCAAGAUUUUGGGCGAGACGACAGCCAAGUAUCGAUGGUUCGCAGCCCUAUACGUAGCCGUCAUGUUCUGCAUCUUUCCCCUCCUCGUCUUCCUUCUUUCCCUCGGCGGGACGUGGGUGUUGGUGGGGGUCGGAGGUCCCUUCCUAUUGGCCCUCAUCGCUGCUGUCGUCAUCAACAUCCUCCAGAGAAAGCGAUCCAACUGCUUGCCUCCGUUCCUCAGGAACUGGAAUUUCCUGCCCGAGCCCCUUCACAGUCUAGAACCAUAUGACACCAUCAUGAUGAAACUCCCCUGCUGUAGUUUAUGCCGGAUGGCUGCUGAGACAUCCGAUGAAAUAGAAAUUCCUCCCUUUUAA